UGUGCGGAACGUUUGACCUGGAUAACAGUUUCUACACGGACGGUGUUUUUAAACGGACCAACGCUGAGUGCCUGGCAAAAUGGAAGUUAAAAACGCUAACGCUGCUAUGCUCAGUAAUUAUGAGGUGUUCAAACUCCUGACAGACCUGAAGGAAAAGAGGAAAGACACCGUGAAGAACAAAAACAGUGCUGGGCAGCAGAACCUCAACACCAUCAUGUAUGAGACGCUGAAGUACCUGUCAAAGACACCCUGCAGCCGGCAGAAUCCAGAGAUCGUCAAAGAGUUCCUCACCACCAUGAAGCCCCACAAACUCACCAAGGCAGAAAAGCUCCAGCUAUUGAACCAACGACCACAGACAGCGGUGGAAAUUCAGCUAAUGGUGGAAGAGAGUGAGGAGCGGUUAUCAGAGGAGCAGAUCGAGGAGCUCAUCCACACGGUCGCAGACGUCCUACCUGGCGACCCGGAGCAGGAGAACGCAGCUCCAGCAGACGCAGAGAUGGAGGAGGCCGUUCAACAGUCCUGACACAAGAACGCCCCACAGGAAGAGAACCAGAGGGAUGGCUAGAACUGGACCUCUACAUGUACCGCUUUUAUCCCAGUUUGAACUGAACAACAUGCCUUCUUAAGGGUGACACAAUGGCAGCCUGGCUUAUUACACUUAAAUGUCUAAUUAAAUUAUUCACAUUAAGGUGAGCCACUUAAGGAAUGGAAGAAGAUUGUUUCAUGCAGAUCCAACAUUCACACUUUUUUUUUAAGUACAGUCUUUGGACAGUGAGUCACAGAAGUGUUGUUUUGCACCUGACUGGUCUAAUUUGUAUUUCACUUCAGAUAAUGUUUAUGCAGAGACACUCUGCUAUUAACCCUGUGUAUUUUAGGUUUCUGACUCAAGGUUAGUCAUCAGUUUUCUGCAUUUUUUGGCUGUUGUAUGAUUUUCCAAGCUGUAUUAAACAUAAGUUCAGAGAGUAUUAUUAGUGCGGCUAUGUAAUAAACAGUUUUUUCGACCAUG